AUGAACACACAGCCCAUUAAAGAAGAAACCCAAGAAUGUUUUUAUGACUCUCUUGAUCGCUUACUUUCUUCUGCAAAUUCUUCUUGUUCUUCAUCAGAUUAUGAAUUUGAAGAUGAUUGUGUAAGUAACUGUAAUUAUAAUAAUAUUUGUUAUAAUAAUGAUGAUGAUGAUGAUACUUGUAUUGAUGAUGAUUUAUUGAGAGUACCUAAGUUUCCAAUGGGUGUUGUUAAUAAUUAUGAUGUUUGGAUUUCGCAACCGGGUUCUGUCGAUGAACGACGAAUGCGGUUGUUAAGACAAAUGGGAUUGAGUAGUAGUAGUAUUAGUGGUACUAGUAAGGUUUUUAGAUCAAAAUCCGUUGAUCAUGAACAAUGUAGUAGAUUUGAAAGUGCUAAUGAUUCUUAUUCGUGUGAUGGAAUGUUUAAACCCGUUAUCGAUAUAGAAAAUAUUACUCGAGAUGUUCGUGUUAGUGAAGAAAUUACAAAAUGUGAUAAUUUGGAUGAUGAUGAUGGUGGGGUUUGUAGGAUUAAGAAUCUUGAUAAUGGAAAAGAGUUUGUAGUGGAUGAGGUAAGAGAGGAUGGGAUGUGUGGGAAGGUUAAGGAAGUUGAGACGGGGAAACGGUUAACGCUCGAAGAGUUUGAAAUGUGUAUUGGGCGUUCGCCUAUUGUUCAAGAGCUAAUGAGACGGCAAAAUGUGGAAAGUGAGAAGGAUGGCGAUUUAGGUGAUGGAAACGAUGGUGGGGACGGAUGUAAGUUGAAAAAGAAAGGCGGGUCGGGUUGGUUGAAGAGUAUUAAGAAUGUAGCUAGUUCGGUUGCAGGGUAUAAGGAGAGAAGAAGUAGCGAUGAUAGAGAUACAGCGUCAGAAAGAGGUGGAAGGAGGUCUAGUUCUGCGACGGAUGAUAGUCAAGAUGUUUCAUUUCAUGGUCCAGAGAGAGUACGUGUUAGGCAUUAUGGGAAAUCUUGCAAGGAUCUAACGGCUUUGUAUAAAAACCAGGAGAUACAAGCUCAUAAAGGGUCGAUUUGGACUAUUAAGUUUAGUUUGGAUGGAAAGUAUCUUGCUAGUGCUGGUGAGGAUUGUCUUAUUCAUAUAUGGCAAGUUGUGACCACGGAGAGAAAAGGUAAUCUUUUAUUUGAUAAACAAGAAGAUGUGAAUUUGAACGUGUUGUUGUCAAAUGGGUCACCAGAGCCGGGUCUGGCAUCUCCAAAUCUGGAUAACCGAAUUGAAAAGAAGAAAAGAGGAAGGUUGUCAAUAAGUCGGAAGUCUACAAGCUUGGACCAUGUUGUGGUUCCAGAGACUAUGUUUGCACUCUCAGAAAAACCUUUCUGUUCCUUCAAAGGACACAUAGAUGAUGUGCUUGACCUGUCCUGGUCCAAAUCUCAGCAUUUGCUGUCAUCGUCUAUGGACAAAACCGUUCGGUUGUGGCAGUUGUCUAGCAAGUCAUGCUUAAAGAUAUUCUCUCACAACGACUAUGUAACUUGCAUCCAGUUCAAUCCUGUUGAUGAUAGAUACUUCAUUAGUGGAUCACUAGAUGCUAAAGUUCGCAUAUGGAGCAUUCCUGAUCAUCAAGUUGUUGAUUGGAAUGAUAUGCAUGAGAUGGUCACUGCUGCUUGCUAUACACCCGAUGGUCAGGCUGCAAUAGUUGGCUCUUACAAGGGCAGCUGCUUCUUAUACAACACAACUGAAAAUAAGUUACAGCAGAAGAGUCAUAUCGACCUACAGAACAAAAAGAAGAAGGCACGCCAUAAAAAGAUCACCGGUUUCCAGUUUGCUCCAGGUACUACAUCAGAAGUUCUCAUUACAUCUGCCGAUUCACGAAUACGUGUUGUUGACGGUGUUGACUUGGUUCACAAGUUUAAAGGAUUUCGCAACACAAAUAGGCAAAUCUCUGCUUCUGUGACAGCUAAUGGUAGAUAUGUGGUUUGUGCUAGUGAGGAUUCUCAAGUAUAUGUUUGGAAACACGAAGGUGAUUCCCGGGCUAGCAGAAACAAAGGUGUAACCGUUACUCAAUCCUACGAGCAUUUCCACUGUCAAGACAUAGCAGUGGCCAUUCCAUGGCCUGGUAAAAGUGACACUUCUUCGGAUUUCCAGGACAGGUGUUCUGAAGAACAAGAUAGGCUUAGUGAGGACCACUUAGAUGAGAUGUCACCGGUGAACCAUCCUCCAACGCCUGCAGAUGAAAUCCAUGACAAAGAUAGUUUUCCCCUACCAUCUGGCUGUACUAGUAGUAGCCCAUUUCACGGAAUCAUUUCUAGUGCAAGUAAUGGUUAUUUCUUUGAUAGGUUUUCAGCUACAUGGCCAGAGGAAAAACUUGUUUCGGCGACAAAGAACCCAAGCAGAUAUGUGAGUGCUGAUUUCACCAAUAGGUUGAGUCCAAGUAAAUCUGGCUGGGGUAUGGUCAUUGUAACGGCUGGGCUUCGUGGAGAAAUUAGAAUUUUUCAGAAUUUUGGAUUGCCGGUUCGAAUAUAGUGGGGCUAAAUUAGUUCCAAGGCAAAUGCCCUGCAGAUUUGUAUAGAAGUUUUCUUGAUUUGUAAUAUUAGCGUAUAUGGUUCAAAAAGAAUUAGAGUUGAUCAGGAGAAAGAAAAGAGAAGUGAAGAAACAAAAGAGAUUGAAGAUUUCAGAUUAGUAGAGAAAUUGUAGAGUUAACAGGAUGACUAAAAAGAAGAUUGUGAUUAUACAGUUGAUUGUCAUUUUUUUUGGUUGCCAAUUCAUUCAUGUGUAUCAAUCGAUACUAUGCAAUGGUGUAUAAAGUCAAUUGUUUUUCAA